AUGAUAUCAAUAACAACCACUCCUUCCACGUUCCCCCUCUUCUCCAGCCUCGCUCUUGAAUUACGCACUCAAAUAUGGCAAGAAUCUCUUCCAUGGGAAUUCCCUCCAGCACUGUACUUCUACAAAAAAGGAUGUUGGCAAGCCCGAAUUUUCACCGAAUCCGACCCAGGUUACUGCAACGAAGUCAGUGAACAAUUCGGCACCGAAGACCUGAACAGAAACUUGGAAUUUCGCUACGAUCUUCUUGAUAAUUUCCACGUUCAGACACCUCUCUUAUUUGUGAACCAUGAGGCUCGAAAAAUCACCCUCACUUGGGCACGCAGUCAUGGUAUCGAAAUAUGCGGAGAUCCACUUUUCCCACGCUUGUCGCUUCCUUUCAACACCGUUAGGGAUAUACUUUAUUUACCUGCUGCUGAAGGGUUUGAUUUUUUUAUGGAACCUCAUAAUCGAGCUUCUGAGGAAGGCAUGACUAAUCUAACCCAUGGAGUAUUCAAUGAAGUUAAGCGUUUGGCUGUGCCAGAAUCGGGGCUUAAAGCUUACUUCGUCAUGGCCAGUUUCAACGGAUUUUCCAAGUAUUAUAAUAUUGAAGCACUAUAUGUCAUUAUCAAUACGCGACUGGGCUUAUGUUCUAUUGAUGAUGAUUUGCAUGUGCAAUCGCGAUGGGAGUGUGAGAGCUUGCCAUUAUGUACUUUUCUCUUAGACAGCAAAAGAUCGGUCUUUGAACUGAAAGAGAACGGAUAUAAUGAAGAUGAUCAGAUACGCCUUUUGACUCAGGAGAUUAGCCGACACUUGACACCUGAAUUUAUCACCCGCUCGCCUUCCAUUCGUGAGAUUCGACUUGUUUUGGCUGUCAAGGGUUAA